AUGCUGGCACCUUUCACCGUAUGCGCAAGAAUAUUCUUCCAGUUGUUGUGGAAACGAAAGGUUGGUUGGGAUGACAUACUGCCCAUAGAACUUCAACCAACAUGGAAUCAGUGGUGUGCAGAGUUGUUGCACCUGCAAGAUUUGAAAGUAUCAAGGUACAGCGGGCAGGACAAGGAUGCAGAUGUCGUGUUCACGGAGAUACAUAUAUACUGUGAUGCAAGCCCCGCAGCUUAUGGAGCGGUAUCAUAUACAGUUAUGGAAGAUUCCAGUGGUACAAAGAGCCCAACAAUGAUAAUGGCGAAGUCUAGGCUCGCACCGAUAAAAGAACUGACGGUUCCACGGCUCGAGUUGAUGGCAUGGCUGGUAGGAGCAAGACUAGCUUCCUACAUCACAGAAAAGAUUCAAGUCACUCCAGUUCGACGACACCUGUGGACAGAUUCCAAAAUCGCGCUUUGCUGGAUACGUGGAGAUCCACAAAGAUGGAAACAAUUCGUCCACAAUCGAGUAAAAGAAAUUCAUGAGCGCACGAGGACAACAGAAUGGGGAUACUGUGACAGUAAAGAAAACCCAGGAGAUUUGUUAACAAGAGGAAUCUCCGCACGAAAGUUGAUCGAAAGCAAGACGUGGUGGUCAGGACCAAGCUGGCUGUCUGAGGAUGAAAGCGAAUGGCCUGGUGGCAGCUCAGAUGGUGACUUUGCAAAAGACGAACUAGAGGAAAAGGAAUCAAGACACGUAUUGCAGACAGUAACGACGGUGACAGACGAAGUCAUCGACAUGCGAAGGUUCAGUACCCUGAAGAAACUGCACAAAGUCAUGGCCUGGGUUUUCAGAUUCACCGAAAAAGCGCGGAAAAGAAGUCGCCAAAGCGGACCGUUGACAGCGCAGGAAUUAAGAAUAGCGGAGGAACAGUGCGUGAAAACUGUGCAAGCAAACGCGUUCCCAGAGGAAAUAGCAGCUGUGCGAAGCAAGAAACCGCUCCCGAUGAGGUCAAAGUUACAAGGCAGCAUGCUGUUCGUGGACGGAAAAGGCCUUCUCAGGUCAACAGGCCGAUUGUAG